GAGGGUCGAAGCGGAGAUUUCCGUGGCGAUCUCCGGAUGCUGCCAGUUGAAUUUGCGGUCGCUGGGUUCCUGCGCUUGGUUGGCAGAUCUGUGCUAUGCAUUGGUGCUUCUGGAUUUAUUGUGUGUGUCUGUUCUCGUGCUACGGUGAAGGUACUAUCCGAUCAGACGCUCAGAUCGUGGUUGGCCGCGUAGGGGAGAGUGCGGUGCUGGGGUGCAGCCUCCUCCACCAGGAAGUGGGGCGCCCUCCUCUCUACGUCAUCGAGUGGGUCCGCUUUGGCUUUAUGCUGCCGAUCUUCAUCAAAUUUGGUCUGUAUUCUCCCCGUGUGGACCCCCAGUACCUAGGUCGAGCUCGCAUUGAAGAAGGUGCCUCUCUCCAUAUAGACUCUCUGCGCUCUGAAGACCAGGGCUGGUAUGAAUGUAGAGUGCUUUUUCUGGAUCGGCACCACAGCGAAGAGGACUUCCAAAACGGGACCUGGGUCCACCUCACUGUGAACUCCCCUCCCAGUUUCCGCGAGACUCCGCCCAUGUAUGUGGAAGUGCGCGUUGGAGACACCUUGACUCUCACAUGCGUGGCUUACGGGAACCCUCAGCCUGUUAUCUUAUGGAAAAGAGAUGAUGUCAUUCUGGAAAGCAGGGACGGGAUCCAGAUAAACAAUGGUUCAUUACGCAUCGUGGGGGUGGAGCGCUCCAACGCUGGGAUGUAUACAUGCCACGCUUCCAGUGAAGAAGGGGAAAUCAUGCACACCAGCCGGGUAUUAGUCCAAGGUCCUCCAACCAUUGUGGUUCCUCCUGAGAAUACAACAGUUAACGUGUCACAGGAUGUGUUUCUGACCUGCCAGGCUGAAGCCUACCCGGCCAACCUGACCUACAGCUGGUUUCUGGGAAGCACCAAUGUAUACCUCCUCAGUAAUCUCCAGUCCAGGGUCCGAAUUUUGGUGGAUGGGAGCUUUCUUCUCCAGCAGGCCACCCCAGAGGAUGCUGGGAAAUACACCUGCAUUCCCAGCAACGGGAUGUGGAAGUCCCCUUCGGCCUCCGCCUACCUCACUGUGUUGCAUCCAGCCUACGUGACAGACAUGCCUCCAGAGACCUACCUACCUAUUGGGAUGCGGGGCAUGAUCAGGUGCCCGGCCAGAGCCAACCCGCCUUUACUCUCUGUCAACUGGACCAAGGAUGGCGUGCCACUAGAACUGGAAAAGUUCCCUGGUUGGUAUCUUGAAGAAGAAGGCUCACUUGUGGUUACCACAGCAAAUGACGAUGCUCUUGGAACAUACACAUGUACACCUUAUAACAGCUAUGGUACAGCCGGAGUGUCCUCACCGACACAGGUCGUACUGAAGGACCCUCCAUCUUUCACAAUAAUACCCAAGGAGGAGUAUUUUCAAGAUGUUGGCAGAGAGCUCAUUAUUCCUUGUGCAGCCUCUGGAGAUCCACCUCCUGUCAUCAGCUGGGCAAAGCUGGGAGCUCCGGGGAGAAGUGCUGCCCAGAUGGAUGCCAACAGCAGCCUGGUCUUCAGACCACUCACGAAAGAUGAGCAUGGUACCUGGGAGUGCACUGCAGCUAAUAACGUGGCCAGGAUUAGCGCACGCUCCGCUGUCUAUGUGUUGGGUACAAGCCCCCACACUGUAAGCAAAGUCUCUGCCCAGCCGUUGGUGUCGGCUGUGAAUGUAUCCUGGAUACCCGGAUACGAUGGAGGAUAUUUCCAAAGGUUCAGCGUCUGGUAUGCUCCGCUGAUGAAGAGUACGACACGUGGUCACCAUGAGUGGCUCUCCAUCCCUGCCCCUGCGGAUGCCAGCCACCUGCUGGUGCAGAAUCUGCAGGCAGACACGGUGUAUCAGUUCAGUGUCCUGUCCCAAAACAAACUGGGCAGCGGACCUUUCAGCGAAAUCGUGUCUUCCUCUCCACUCAGUACCCCACCAACCACCUUACCCCCUCCUGUCCCUACCACAGACCCUCAAGAUAUCUUAUCCGCGCCAUGUUCUCUAUCUGCCAAUGAAACUGCCCUUGGGGUACUGCUACAGUGGGCUCCCCCUCUUCGCUCUUCCCUGCCCCUUCGCGGGUACGGCUUGGAAGGCAGACGGGAUGAAGGGGCAUGGGAGUUACUGGAUGAGUCUAUACCUCCGUCUCAAACCCAGAUACUUGUUCCUGGCCUGGUCAAGGACGCUUUGUAUGAGUUCCGUCUUGUGGCAUUCGCCGGAGAUUAUAUCAGUAACCCCAGUAACUCUGUAAACAUCUCUACGGCAGGGAUGAAGGUAUACCCGUCACACACAGAGCACCCAGACGUCCAGCAAAAGCCUCUUCUGGCUGGUGUGGUGGGAGGCGCUUGCUUCCUGAGUUUGGCAGUUAUCCUUGGCAUUGUAGCGGCCUGCAUGAUGAACCGGCGGCGUGCAAGGAGACGCCAGAAGCGCAGACAGCAAGAUGCACCAAUGGUCUUCUCACAACCCAAGAACGCUUCUCCUUCACAAAAUACUAAUGGCUCUGGCAGCCCUGACAGCCUCAUGAGGAUCAAGCUUCAAGUGUCCCCUUACGAGAGUUUUCGAAGAUGUGUACAAUUAGGAGAAAAGUCUGGGAACGUGGGCACAAGCCACAGGAACAGCACGAGCGGCAGGUACACCAUUUAUGAAAGUAACGUUGGCGAGUCUUUACCCCUGGAGAGGAUCAGCCGUGGGCCCGACGGACGGUUUGUGGUGGAAACCGAGACAAGGCCUUCCAGAGGGAGCAUUAGAGGCUUCCCUUAUGUGACGGAGACAGACCUCUACCCAGAAUUCAAUGCAAGGGAUUCUUCUGACCUCAGCCUAUGCUCACAGGCCAAGUCAUACCUGCAAGUUAGCCAACUACCAGAGAGGGCUGCUGAUCCAUGGAGGGAGGAGGUAAAGAUGAGACCGAAGGCCACAGGUCAGGCCCGCAAAGAGGCUCGGGAUUCAGGCUACCGCCAAGGAAAGUACUUUGGCUGCAGUAGCAGCCCCCUGGAUGAGGCCAAACCUUUUAGAAUCCCAGACAUCAGCCCAGUAACCUCCUCUGUGACUCUGCCUUACAGUAAGGUGGAGGAGGCACGGUGCGGAGAUCCCACUCACACUAAAGGGGAGUUGGAGAGGACUAUAUCUACACUCAGGGGUUCAGAAAACGACGUUUAUUCAGCAUUGGGUGGCGAGGCUGAAGCACCAUCCUCGUUGCUGCAGAAACCUCUGGGAGUCAGUGACCAAGAAAGCCAAAUGAGGCAUAGCUUGUCAACUCAGAGUGGCAUUCUCCAAUAUCUCAGCCUUCCUUUCUUUAAGGAGAUGAGUGUGGAUGGCGAGUGGCUAGCUGAGGACGAACAAGCUAGAACCUCAGAGAGCGGAUCUUCAGGGGGUACAGAGCAGGAAGCCACAAAUGCAUUGAGCAUGGAGGACAGGACGUUGAUGGAUGUGGAUGGAACGAGUGGGGCUCGAAAGGAGGAGAUCCCCUGUGUUCCCCACACACUGUUCUCUCUUGACUACACGAACAGUAAAGAGCAGUCUGUGCCUGUAAAGUCUUUCCUGAAACCUCCAGAGCCCAAUCUGGGACAUACAAAGGCAGUUCUGCCAGGAAGUCUGCUAUGGAUGCACCCUCCAGAAAACACUGAACGUUUAAAAGUAGGUCAAAGAGCUCCCUGGGGUCUGGGUGAGGUUCCAAUGGACAGCAGAGCUGAGCAGCCUCUAUCCUCUCACUGCAAAUGCCCCUUGAAGGACCAGCCUUUCUCAGUUUUCACGGACUUCCAGGUCCUAGAAAAGCAGAGACCGCCAGUGGACAGAUCUCUCUUUCUGCAUGGCUCAGAGAAGGUGAUGAGGAGCAGUCUCACCAGCCAGAGCAGUGGCAGAGGAAGUGUCUCGUUCUUAAGGCCCCCGUCUCUGGCACAAUCUGUGGGAGGCAGCUACCUCAAUUCACCUUUUGGUGAAACCUCCAGCUGGCACAGCGGCGGGGGGUCCCAGGGCUCUAGUGCUGAAGACUACAGGCACAGAAAGGAUUCCCCACUGGCCACCAUAAGCAACAGAAGAAACACCUCAGUGGAUGAGAAUUAUGAGUGGGACUCUGACUUUAAUCUGGAGGCAGAUCUCAUGGACUCCCUGCAGGUCUUCCGGGGCAGUAACAGCGGACCACCCAUAUCCACCAUUGCCACUGGAGAUGUGGAACGACAGAGUAUGAAGCUCCCUUUAGAGACGGGACUUUCCCCGGCUGGUUCGGGGUCAACGGAUCCCAUGGACUGCCGGCACCUGCAGGCUCUGUCUAGCCCUGAGGAACGCUGCGCCGCUCUGAAAGAGGAGUUCAUGGAGUACCAGAGACGCCGGCGGGCAGAGCUCAAAGGACACACGAGGAACAAACACUACGCAGGGUGUUACGAGCAAGCGACGCUCUUAUGACCCCACUGCAAGAGGGGACGAGGCAUGCACCACAAGACCGGAAAGGACACUGUAACCGCCUGGGCAUUAUUGGGUGGAUCCUAUCCACUAUCCCCAACAUCAGGUUUAUGAAAGACCUGCCAAUUACACAUCAGGGUUUUAAUAUCAGCCAAUUAAACACUGAGUUCCCUUCUUGGUGCACCAUCAAAACGAAUAUUUUGAGUUGGUGCAUUUUUAAUGUGAGCCCCUUUGAAGGCCACAUAAGUUCCAUGAUCCGCAGCGCGCCCGACAUCCCCAGAACUCUGAAAAUCAUCUUUCAGCCCCUAGGACAUCUGAACACGUCCGGUCCGUUACCCUUUGAGUUUUGUAAUGUCAACGUGGGUAUCUGGGCAGCCAUAAAGAAUAUGAAUCCAUAGGUGUUGCUUGUAAACCUAUAAAAAAAUGUUUUGCCUUGCAUCUUUAUAUGCAAAUCAGCUAAUUUGCAAAUGGGGCUGCAGAGCGAUAACAAGUCUGCUAUUCUUUGAACUGCACAUUUGCUUGCAUUAUAAUAGCACAAAUAGUGUUAUAAACUAUAUACUGACAUUGUGAUGUCAUUGGCCGAGAUAUCCCCUUUAAAAGGUUUAGAAUACA